AUGAAGUUAGCCCUUAUCCUCUCUGCUGGAGCACUUGCUCUUGCCGCUCCAACACAAGAACAAAGUCCGGGCGCUCGGAUUGCUUUUCCUCGGAAGAGACACAACCAAAUCCGCAGAGCUGAUGGCAGCGUUGACCUCACCUGGUUCAAACGCACGCUGAAGACCACCAUCUUGAAGUAUGACAGCGGAUUCCAGCUGCCAGAGAUCCUCAACGAUGUCGAUCUGCUGUUCAAGCGUGACACGGACGCAGAAGAGCACCUAACAGACGUCGUUGAGGGUCAAGAGGACGAGCUCUACUAUGGCGCUGGACAGGUCGGAGCUGCGAAGCAGACCUUUACCUUUGACUUCGACACUGGUAGCUCGGACACUUUUGUUCCUGGCCCACAAUGCGGUACUGCCCAGGGCUGUGAUGGCAAAACCAAGUACAAUCAACAGGGUCAAGAUGAGCAUAACACUACUACAGUUACCUAUGGCAGCGGAGAAGUUGCUGGCGAGAAUUACUUCGACAGCGUAACUGUUGCUGGCCUCACCGCGACGCACCAGAACAUCAUCUCCCUCACUCAAGCUCAAGGCUUCAGUGGCACAGGCUCUGACAGCUUGAUGGGCAUGGCGUUCCAGUCGAUCGCCAACUCCAAGCAGCCCCCUUUCUUCUUCUCGCUGAUCAACCAAGGGAAAGUGUCGCCAACCGAAUUCUCCUUCUAUCUUGGACGUCAGAAGAGCGGCACGGCGCAGAACAGCGAGCUUACACUUGGGGGAAGGGACUCCAGCAAAUACAAGGGCGUCUUUACCCAGGUACCUGUCACAAGCCAAACCUAUUGGCAAGUCAAGAUCGAUGGUGCUUCGGUCGGUAGUAACGCAGCACCCGGAACCACCUCUGGACAAGCAGCUAUCGAUACUGGAACAACUCUCAUUAUCGCUCCAUACCUCGCCGCCAUUUCGAUCUUCUCCCAGAUUCCUGGAAGCAUUCCACUCCCCCUCGGAGCAGGUAUCGUCGGCUUUGCAUAUCCAUGUGCAUCGAAGCCACAAGUCAAUCUCCAAUUUGCGGGUAAGAAAUUUGCCGUCAACCCCCUUGACUUCAACUUUGGUACCUUGAGCGAGGACUUUGGCAUUCAGCUCGGAAACGAUACACUCUCAGGCCUUCUUGGUGGUUUGAUCAAUUCCUAUUGCGUCGCCGGCAUCGCUGGUGCGGACUUGAACCCGACAUCGACGGAGAACUUCUGGGUUGUCGGAGACACUUUCUUGAAGAACUGGUACUCCACAUUCCAGUAUGUCAACCCGCAGAAAGCAUAUGUAAACUUUGCGAAGGCGGUCUAA